UGCGUCGAGAGGCGGGGCCGCGGGCUCUGACGUCACGUGGCCGCGCCCCUGCCGCUCAGAUAUCUCCGGCACCGCCCGCCAUUUUGUUUCCAGUGUUUGGAUUGCGGCCGGCGGUGCUGAGGGAGCUAUCUAGCUUUGUAGGCGGGAGGCUGGUUACAGGAUCUAUUGUCUGUCUUUAACUCUGUAGUUUGGCCCGAGGCCUUUGCGAGCUAUCCCGGAGCAGUUAGCAGAAGCCGCAGCGGCCGCCCCCGCCGGUCUCCGCUGUCCCCCGGCUCAGGAGGGACCGACUCCGCGUCACGCCCCUUAGCGCUUGCGGCUCUCUUCUCUGUCGUUGGGUCCGCAUCGUGUUCCCGGAAUCAGACGGUGCCCCAUAGAUGGCCAGCUUUCCCCCGAGGGUCAACGAGAAAGAGAUCGUGAGAUCACGUACUAUAGGUGAACUUUUAGCUCCUGCAGCUCCUUUUGACAAGAAAUGUGGUCGUGAAAAUUGGACUGUUGCUUUCGCUCCAGAUGGUUCAUACUUUGCUUGGUCACAAGGACAUCGUACAGUAAAGCUUGUUCCGUGGUCCCAGUGCCUUCAGAACUUCCUCUUACAUGGCACCAAGAACGUUACCAAUUCAAGCAGUUUAAGAUUGCCAAGACAAAACAGUGAUGGUGGUCAGAAAAAUAAGCCUCGUGAGCAUAUUAUAGACUGUGGAGAUAUAGUCUGGAGUCUUGCUUUUGGGUCUUCAGUUCCAGAAAAACAGAGUCGCUGUGUAAAUAUAGAAUGGCAUCGCUUCAGAUUUGGACAAGAUCAGCUACUUCUUGCUACAGGGUUGAACAAUGGGCGUAUCAAAAUAUGGGAUGUAUAUACAGGAAAACUCCUCCUUAACUUGGUAGAUCAUACUGAAGUGGUCAGAGAUUUAACUUUUGCUCCAGAUGGAAGCUUGAUCCUGGUGUCAGCUUCAAGAGACAAAACUCUCAGAGUAUGGGACCUGAAAGAUGAUGGAAACAUGAUGAAAGUAUUGAGGGGGCAUCAAAACUGGGUGUACAGUUGUGCAUUCUCUCCUGACUCUUCCAUGCUGUGUUCAGUUGGAGCCAGUAAAGCAGUUUUCCUUUGGAAUAUGGAUAAAUAUACCAUGAUACGGAAACUAGAAGGACAUCACCAUGAUGUGGUAGCUUGUGACUUUUCUCCUGAUGGAGCAUUACUGGCUACUGCAUCUUACGAUACUCGAGUAUAUAUUUGGGAUCCACAUAAUGGAGACAUUCUGAUGGAAUUUGGGCACCUGUUUCCCCCACCUACUCCAAUUUUUGCUGGAGGUGCAAAUGACCGGUGGGUACGAUCUGUAUCUUUUAGCCAUGAUGGACUGCAUAUUGCAAGCCUUGCUGAUGAUAAAAUGGUGAGGUUCUGGAGAAUUGAUGAGGAUUAUCCAGUGCAAGUUGCACCUUUGAGCAAUGGUCUUUGCUGUGCCUUCUCUACUGAUGGCAGUGUUUUAGCUGCUGGAACACAUGACGGAAGUGUGUAUUUUUGGGCCACUCCACGGCAAGUCCCUAGCCUGCAACAUUUAUGUCGCAUGUCAAUCCGAAGAGUGAUGCCCACCCAAGAAGUCCAGGAGCUGCCAAUUCCUUCCAAGCUUUUGGAGUUUCUCUCCUAUCGUAUUUAGAAAAUUCUGCCUUCCCUAGUCAUAGGGACUGACAGAAUACACUUAACACAAACCUCAAGCUUUACUGACUUCAAGUAUCUGUUUUUAAAGAUUUAGAAGAUUUAUUUAAUUUGAUAUGUUCUUGUAUUGCAUUUUGAUCAGUUGAGCUUUUAAAAUAUUUAUAGACUACAGAGAUAUUUCUGAACAUAUCAAAUAUAAUUUUUUUUAAAGAUCUAACUGUGAAAACAUAUACAUACAUGUAUAUAUUUAGAUAUAAGCUGCUAUAUGUUGAAUGGA